AUGGCCGAGACGAAGUCGGAUAUCCAUCUGUACACGGCGCAGACGCCAAACGGCAUCAAGGUCUCAAUGUUGCUGGAAGCGCUGGGACUGCCGUACAAGGUGACGGCCAUCGACAUAUCGAAGAACACCCAAAAGGAACCUUGGUUCCUCGAGAUCAACCCCAAUGGCCGCAUCCCCGCCAUGACCGACACGUUCACGGAUGGCUCGCCCAUCCGCCUCUUUGAAAGUGGCUCCAUCAUGCAAUACCUCGUAGACCGCUAUGAUACGGAGCACAAGCUGUCGUAUCCGCGCGGCACGAGGGAGUACUGGGAGGUGAACAACUGGCUCUUCUGGCAGAUGGCUGGUCUCGGGCCCAUGCAGGGGCAAGCAAAUCACUUUGGCAGAUAUGCCCCUGAGAAGAUUCAAUAUGGCAUUGACCGAUACCGCAACGAGACUCGUCGCCUGUACCGUGUCAUGGAGACGCAGCUGAGCAAGUCGACGUCGGGCUACCUCGUCGGGGACAGAUUGACCAUCGCGGACAUUGCCUGCUGGGGUUGGGUAGCUAGUGGCCCCUGGGCGGGGAUCAAGUUAGAUGAUUUUCCACACCUGAGCGCCUGGAUCGACCGAGUCCUGUCCCAUCCCGGUUGUGAGAAGGGCAGACACGUGCCGAAGCCGCACACUGCACUGGAGAACCGGCACAUGACCGAAGAGGAGAUGGACAAGGCCGCGGAGAGCACAAGGGCUUGGGUGCAGCAGAGCAUGAAAGAGGAUGCGAAAAAGUAA